AUGGCCGUGUUCGAUCCUCCACGCUCGUCGCUGCCGUUGCUGCUGGUACUGAUGAUGGUCACGCUGCUCGCGGCCCUAACCUCCUCGCCCGUCAACGCGGCGGCAGCUGGCGCGUCCUCGGCGCCGUCGGUGCCUGCUGCCCCUGCUGGUCGCGAUACUCGCGAGCCUCCUCCGCCGACGGUCGAGCCCCCCGAUGCAACGGGUGACAAGAAAGCAUUGCGGUAUUCGAGCGUGGCGGAAGGAGGACCUAUAUUAAUGUCCACUUCAUCUCAACGUGGAAGCGUUGAAGUUACAACCGAAUCGCUUGGCGAAGUCAGGACGAGGGAGAGACCCUAUGCCGGUCGCACGGGUUCUGUGGUCGCGAGGAAGGGAGUUGAAGAGAAAAUAAAACCGAGAAAGGGAGUGCCAGAUGAUACACCAUCGACGAAGAGCAUAGAUCAGAAUGUGGAAAACGUAUCACUUAAUCAGACCACAUUCGAAAGUAUGAAACCCAUAAUGGAAAGUAGUCCUGCGAUAGAAACAGCUCAUAUCAAAUCUGAUACUUCCAACGUUAGUAACCCAAAAUUAAAUACCACUGAUCCACGCCCCGAUAGCUUAAAUCACGGUAUAAGCUCCAAUGCAAGUUUGGUACCAGCAAAUAAAACCACAUCUCAGCCAGAGAUUAGUACGACUAGUACGACAGCGCCGAAGGUAUCCUCGCACAUUGAGAAGCAUGUACCGAAGCCUAAGCCAACGGUGACGACUGUUGACGGGCCAGAAAUCAAUGAAUCCAUACCGCUCUCACGAACGAAGAAUCCUCCACUAGGCAUGCCAAGGAAAAUCGACUACAUUGUGCCGGUUAUUAUAACGAUCUUCGCUUUACCGAUAUUGGGCGCUGUGAUUUUCGUAUUGUACAGGCGCGGUCGAGAUUGUUGGGAUAAGAGGCACUAUCGAAGGAUGGAUUUUCUUAUCGACGGAAUGUACAAUGACUGAGAGCCAUAUAAGAAAAAAGUCUGUUCCACGAGAUUAAAUAGACGUUAUGCAAGAGGCAAUCAAUCAUCAAUUCUCGCGUUCUUCUAUUAUCUUCCAUUUUUGUAAACGCAUAAACAGAUUUGUGCAUUUUCUCUUGAAAUAGUUAAGUAACGAUAUACUCUACAUUGAUUCCUUCUUACAUAACGAUAUAAAUGUCCCAACGAUACCUAUCAUUAGAAUAUAUCAAGAAAGAUAUCAAAGAUCUUGACACUUUAUGCCCUUUUAUAAACAUAUUGAAUGAUAUAUCGUGCUAAUUAUAAUAUUGUAAUAAUGUCUAAGCUCACUGCAUUGGUAUUUAAAUUUGCUAUACAAUUUUUUUAUCAUACUUGCCUUAAUAAUGUAGUGACAAUUAUAAUAAUUGUGGCGUGAUAAGAUUUACAAUUGUAUUGAAGGAGAAGUAUUGUCGACGGCAUUUUAAGAACGGUUUUGUAAAUAGUUCACUGCAGCUUCUAAAUCUAACAUAAGUUUCUAAAAUAUUUUUUAGUACAUGUUUAUACAUAUAUAUGAAUUUAUAUGUAUAUUGAAAAUUUCUCUCAAAAUUUGUUUCUUGUUAACGUGAACAAAUUUUAAUAUAUAUAUAUGUUAUAUCUUUUCGAGGUGACUUUUCGAAUCUUUUGUAUGUAAAUGUAUGUACGUGUUGCAUUUGACGCCAUCUCUCGCAUUAGAGAAUGUAAGAGAAAUCUACCGAGGGUCCAAUUGCCUAAUCUGACAAUAAUAAUUGAAUUUCUGCAGAGCCAGGAUUGCGUCUUCGAUUCAACAGAAUCAUAUUGUGCUUUGAAAGUGCUCCCUCAGCAAAUAGUAUUGUGCGCGAUUUUUUCCGCAUGCAAAAACCGUAGUGUAUAAGAACAGUUUAAUGUAUGAAAUGCGAUAGUGUACACAAACUUUACCAAAGAGCUACUCGAUUUGUACAUUGUAAGUUUGUUAGUUGCAUUUUUUGUUUGUACUGUAUUUGUAAGCUUGCAUCUCUUUGCAGGAUAAUUUACAAAUGUUCAAUUUAUUUAGAUUCACCUAGAAAGGAUACUUUAUGUAAUUGCCAUACGUACAGGAUAUCAGAGCAGACACAAUGAAAUGUCAUCUCGCUAUGUAAAUAUGAUGGCCAAUGAUUUGUGAAAUUAUUCAAUCUGUGUAAGAUCUUUUGAGAUUGCGAUUUUUGAAAGCAAAGCGUUGCGUUUUAGGCGUUUGAAAGUCUAUAUUUUAUCAAAUAUAGAAAUAUACCAUGGGGAAAAAGCAAUAAUAAUUAUUAUUUUUGUACUAUGUCUAUGUAA